CGGUUUUAUUUUGAAGGUCACGCACUCAAACCGGAAGUUUUGUUGGUAAACGACUGAUCUGGGGUAAAGUACGCCGAGCGGCUGAUUAAUAACUAACAGCACAGGAAUGUCAUUUUGCUCCUUUUUUGGUGGAGAGGUCUUUAAAGACCAUUUUAAACCAGGCAUCUAUGUUUGUUCCAAGUGUGGUCACCAGCUCUUCUCCAGCUGCUCCAAGUACGAGCACUCCUCUCCCUGGCCAGCUUUCACAGAGACCAUCCUUAAAGACAGUGUGUCCAAACAACCGGAGCGUCCCAGAGCAUUUAAGGUGCUGUGUGGAAAGUGUGGAAACGGACUGGGCCAUGAGUUUGUGAACGAUGGACCAGCCAAAGGGCAGUCUCGCUUCUGAAUAUUCAGCAGCUCACUGAAGUUCAUCCCUAAAGAUAAGGUUGAUGGACAGUAAGGUGAGCUGUCAAGGGGAAAUGUUGCUCGAGCUGUAAAUGUUUCUUUCAGCCACUGACAGUGCGGUCAAUGAAUGAAGUGCCCUGGGACAAAGCCCAAAGUGGGAGCGCUGGGGCUCUGAGGAAUGGUGUCCUCACUGGUCGAGUUUCAGCUCCUUUUAUUAUGCAACAAUGCCUCUGUUUUGCUAAAUGUAGUAGAUACAGAAAAAUGAGCCAAUGUCAUUAAAUUAAAAAAAAUGUUUAUGCACUCUUCAUCAUUCUUGAAAAGCUUUAUAUCAGUGGAACACAAUGAGUGGCAUAUUUUGCUAAACAGUUUCUGGCAAUAAUCUUGUUUUUAAAUAAUAAACUACUUCUACUAGAUGA